AUGAGAAACAAGAAAAAAGCUUUAACCAAGGAGGAAAUAUAAUUUUACACUUAACGGAGAUUGCAAUAUACAUAAGAUUUUUUAAAAAUGUCUUAACAAUUUGAUCCAAAAUUAAAGUAUUUAACAAGACUUCUGAUUGCAAGAAAAUAGAUGAUGAAUAGCAAGAAUAAUCAAGCAAUGCCACAAAGUAGAAAAUGCAAUAAAGUGUUUGCUUCAAUGACUAAAUCGUCUGAAAUACAAAAGAAAAUAGAUUAAGGGAUGAUUGCAGAAUCCUGUAAAUAUAGUUUAGAACCUAUGCCAAAAUGCAAUUUUGGUUAUUCAGAGAUAUGUUCAAGAAUUUAAACAUCAAUGGUGCCAAUAGUUGAGAAACUAGAUAAAAAUAUAUAAUAAAAGUUAGAUACGCAGCACCAUCAUUUUGAUUCAGAAAAUAAAACUAAGAAAAAGUAACUGAUUAGAUCAGAUACAUUUUAUAAUGAAGAUUAAAAACCAGAGGAAUACAUAGAUUCUAUGUAAAUAAAAAGCUAAAGAUUACACAAUAUAAUCACAAGCAUUUCAAUAUUACAGAGAACUAAAGCAUAUUAAGAAUACAAUCAAAGAAAGUCUUUACAUCAUAGGCCAAUUCAUUUAUAAAUGUGUUCAAAUGAUAUAUCUGAAUAAUUAUCAGAGGAAGAAGACUAGGAAGGCUCUUUCAGUAAUUAAGAUUAUGAAAGGUUGAUUAAAUUUGAGAGAAUGAAAUUGAAAGAAUAAUUCGAGCAAGAUAAAAUAAAAAGCCAGAGAUUGGAAUAAUAUGUGUAAACUUCACUGCAAAAACUAGGAUUACAGAAGAAGAUGUUUUCAAUGAAGGAAUUGCAAGAAUUCAUAAAAUAAUGUCAAACUUAAACCACAAAUGUUGUAAAUGAAUAUAAAACUGAGAGAUAAGAAUUUAAAAAUAGAAAAUCUUAAUUAUUGAGUUCCUUACUAUCCACAAAAAAUAACACCUACUCUAAUACUUAAUCAAGAUAUAAGAAUAUCUAUUCAGAUACUAAAAUGUCUGAUGAAAAUAGAUUUUCAUUCAUUCUAAAAUAAUAAUAAAAAUGA